GACUGGGAGGAAGAGGAGGUUCUCGGACCUGACGUGGAGAGUCGCGAAGUUCUCCUGCACCUCGCGAAGAUGACGAAUAACGCGUAUGUGGAUCCAGAUGAUCCUGCUUGGUACGAUUUGAAUGAGGGUUGGAAUACUUCCUACCCGUUUGGAUGGGAGCCCGAUGCCGAUGGGUUUCGUGGACAUGUAUUUGCGACUGCGGAUAACAGCACAGUAGUUCUCUCCAUCAAAGGAACGUCUGCGAGUGUUUUCGGAGGGGCAGGACCGACCGCCAAAAAGGACAAGUUGAACGAUAAUCUAUUAUUUAGCUGCUGCUGUGCGCGGAUAGACUGGACAUGGACCACAGUUUGUGGGUGCUAUCGUGGAGGAUGGAAAUGCGACCAGAAUUGCUUGGAACGCUCACUUAUUGAAGACAGCUUGUUUUAUCCACUUGGUACAGACCUGUUUAAUAAUAUUUCAUAUAUGUAUCCAGAAUCCAACAUAUGGAUUAUUGGUCACUCUCUUGGGGGAGCUCUGGCGAGCCUUCUUGGCGCAACUUUUGGCGCACCCAUUGUAACAUUUGAAUCUCCUGGAGACAGACUUGCAUCAACACGCUUGCAUCUUCCGUCGCCUCCGUCGACCCACCACAUCACACAUGUUUACCACACAGCUGAUCCUAUCGCAAUGGGAACCUGUAACGGAGUGCUAUCUUCUUGUGCGUUGGGCGGAUACGCUAUGGAAACACGAUGUCACCUUGGAAAAUCAAUCGUAUAUGACACAGUCACCAAUGCGUCGUGGGUGGUCGAUAUACGCACUCACGGAAUUGUUAGUGUCAUAGAGAGGCUCUUGUCGGAUCCUUGGCCUGCCAGCGUGGAGGUUGGCAGAGAGGUCCCAGAAGCCACGGUCGAG